UGUCUAUCCAAGUCUAUGGUUGCAGCCGACGGUUUGUUAAAAGUGGAACUCCGCUGCCCUGUGCCUCGGAAUGCAGCAUUAAUGCCCUCAUCAAGAUAGCAGCAAGAAAGGGGAUAGAUACGUAGAAAUCCGGGUUUGGUGGUGUCAGUGAGUGUUUGGGUAUUGUGGUGUGUGUGUGUGUGUGUGUGUGUGUGCGUGAAAGGGACAGAGACCGACGAUGGCUGCCAGUAAGAGUAAGAACCAGAGUUCUCUGGCCCUUCACAAGGUCAUCAUGGUGGGGAGUGGUGGAGUGGGGAAGUCUGCCCUGACACUGCAGUUUAUGUAUGAUGAGUUUGUGGAGGACUACGAGCCCACCAAGGCAGACAGCUACAGAAAGAAGGUGGUGCUGGACGGAGAGGAGGUCCAGAUUGAUAUCCUGGACACGGCUGGACAGGAAGACUAUGCUGCCAUCAGAGACAACUACUUCAGGAGCGGAGAAGGCUUCCUGUUAGUCUUUUCCAUUACAGAACAUGAGUCCUUCACAGCUACUGCAGAGUUCAGGGAGCAGAUCCUACGGGUGAAGGCAGAGGAGGAUAAGAUUCCUCUGCUGGUGGUGGGGAACAAGUCUGACUUGGAAGACCGCAGACAGGUGUCUGUAGACGAGGCCCGAGCCAAGGCAGAAGAGUGGGGGGUGCAGUACGUCGAGACAUCAGCCAAAACACGAGCGAACGUUGAUAAGGUAUUCUUUGACUUGAUGCGGGAGGUGCGAGGCAAAAAAAUGUCAGAAAACAAGGACAAAAAUGGAAAGGGGAAGAACAAGAAUAAGAACAAGAAGAGUUUCAAAGAGCGAUGCUGUUUACUCUGAGCCCAAAACGGACCUUUACCACACGACACAAUCUAUUGUUAUGCCCAGGAACCAACCUGAAUAUGUUCAAAACAGUCAUCCUUGCGUUGAAUCAGAAGAUGUCUGUAAAUUUUUUUUUCUCUUUUUGUAGUAGUAUUGUUUAGCAGUUUUGGGGUCCGUUCCAUUUCAAGCCUUUAAAUUCUGGGAGUAAACUAAAAUUCCAAUUGCAAUUUUACUUGUUUCUGUAGGUAAUUGAUAUUUGGCAUUUCACUUAGCUUCUUAAAGUGAAAUUAAAUUGACCUGAACUCACUUGUUUACCACAUUCCCCUCCACUGUUCUUGCAUCUAAAACUUCAGGUUGGAUAAAUAUCCUGACCAUUUAUUUUUAUUACAUUAUGACCAGUCUUCUACAACUCUGACUGGAAUGUAACCUUUGACCACCCCCUGAUAAUGACAAUUCAUUGACCAAGCCACCUCCAACACUAACUUCAGUCUGCUUUGAUCCUGUUCUGUUUUUCAGUAGAUCUAUCCUUUGUGAUCAUACCAUUUAUUUUCAAGAAUGGGGAUUUUAUUCUCUUCAAGAACAGAAAUGUAGCAAAAUACAUAUUCUAUGCUUUUUACUGUAUGUCUAUGUAAGAAUGGACAUCAACACUAAGCUCUGUUUGUUAAUGAACAAAAACGAAUAUUGGCUAGUUAGAAACAGUUGGUGGGCUAGGACUUGUCAAUGUUUCCUGUAUAUGAUAAAGCAAUUGUCAAUCAAGAAGGCUCAUUGCCUUAUGAUUCAAAGCACAUUUGAUAUUAUUAAGGCCAAGAGUUUCCCUGGGUCAGUUUAAAUGGUCAGGAAAAACUCCUGGCCCUAGUCUAAGUAAUGGAUGUUGAGGUGUGAAGUUGUAAUAGUUUACUAAUCAGAAGUCCCUUUGCUGUGGCCCCCUGCUGACCUGUCCUGGCAAAAUAACUGAAAUUGAACAUCAAUUUGUCAGUUAGAGAUAGGGGUCAGUUUGUUGCCAUUAACUCAGCCAGUCAUCUUCAGCAGUGAGUUUUUAAUAUUUGUACUUAUGAAUUGUAUUCAACUGUUUUUGUAGAAAGUGCACUACAUUGUUGCCAAUAUCUUAAGAAAAGAAACAUUUCCCAUGCCAGAAAAUGCUAAAGCAGUUUGUGCCCAUAUUUAGGAUAACUUGGUAUUGGGCCAUUCCAGGCCAGCAUAGCCCAGUAAUAUUUUGGUAUCUCAGAUUGUUCUGAAAAUUCUACCAAAAAAUUCUACAAAAAAGAAAUAUAUAUAUUAGUCAUAUAAAUGCAGUGUCAUAAUUUGGCUGUUGCGUCAAAACAGACAUGUUGGUGUGUAUAUACUCAUAAUUGUGUGCCUUCAAAUAUGGAGUCCUGUAAGAUUUUGAAAUACAUUUCCCACAUUAUUUAUUUACCAACAUUAAUAUUUUAAAUGUACCCUUCUCGGGUUUUUCUUCAUUUUCAGACAUUGUUUCCAGGGGGGAUAUUCUGUUUCUUCUGAAGUUAGGAGACAGUUUAUCAGAACCACUCACGGAGUGAAUGGAAAUAUGAAUUUCUAGGAAAUGAUCUGCUGUGGCAUAAUUUGUAACUGUUGCUUAUGCCUCAUUCACAUAAACAGUAUUUCAUUAUGAUGAACAUUCUUUUCACACAAUCCGGUCCCACUACUGCUUGGACAAUGGCAUAGUCUGUAGUGCAUGGAGGAGAGCCUUUACAUUUGAGACAGCAGAAAUAUGUUUUUGGAAAAUAGUCAAAGAUUUUUUACUUUUUCCUCAAGUUGAAAAUGUAUCCUGGGUCAGUUUCACAAUGGAGAAUUAAACCGCUACAGGGCCUUGUGUUUCCUCUCUGUUGUGGAAGGUCUUGAAAAGAAUGACAUUGGGCACAACAUGAACUCGGUUUUACAUUUGAUGUGUACAAGUCUUUAUAUAUCACAUGGAACAUCUGCAUGUGCCAUAUCUGAAGAAAGAAAACUGACAAAUGAUUUCCAUGUACAGUAUACAUUUGCUCACCCCAUACCCAUGUGUACAAGAAAUGCUACGACAGUGUAAAGGCUAACUUCAAUGUUUAAGAUCUGUUGUGAAUUCAUACAUGUAAAUUAUAACGAGUAUAAUGGCACCAAUAUGCUGUCUUUACCAUGCACGGUCAGGUAUAUGUCUAAAAAGGGAUGAAAUUGGCCAACAACAUAAUUUUAUUUGAAUAAAAAUACAAACGUCAAGAGCAUUUAAAACAUCCUUCUCUCCAAUAACAUUUUAAUGUGAGAACUGACGAAACAAUCUGAGGUACCAAAAAGAUUUUGGGUCAAGCAGGUCUUCCAACUAAUCACUCUUUUAAAUAUAUAAAUGUUUGCUAAAUAUGUAUGUCAAUUUAUAGAGGGAUACUGAGCUUGUUUGCUUUUUCUGUUCCAUCCUACAACAGUACAGUCCUAUUUCCAACCACUUCCCUAACCAUUUCACUUUUUUCUAAUGUGUGUCCCUUUUUUUUUUACAGCUAGUCUAAUGUUGCUAGUUUUUUCACUGUGUUUACUGAAAACAAACAAAAAAAGACUUCUCGCCAAAUAAAUGCUUUUUUUCUUUGUAAA